GAUGAGUCUGCACGUGUUUUGGCCGGCAUCAACGGCCCUGACGAUGUUCGUCGUCGGUGUCAUUGUCGUGAUGAUCAAGUACGGGCCGCGCUUGUGCAAACUCAGACACGAAGUACUGCCAUCGGAACAAGAUUGGGAAAGUAAGACCUACUCCCGCGACGUUUCGGUUUCAAUCGCUUGAUCGUCACCGAUACAAUAUAUACAUAUAUACAUACCUAUUAUUAUGUAGGCCUAAUAUUGCCCCUAUCUAUACAGUAGUGGUAAGUUUCAACAGUACCAAAAUGCACGAGAGAAAGAGGAAAAGUUUUGCCUACAUUGUACUCUAUACUACUGCCAUUGCAAAUGUAAUUUUUACGUAGAAUCUCCAUUUUCGUGAGUAGGCAUUUGGAUUUUUUUUUUUUACAUCGCUUUACGCACAUUCCGUCCAUUAAGUAUACAUUUUUAGUGCCUAUAUUACGUGAUUUAGCAAAUACUUUAUUUUGUAUACAUAAUAUUCACGGGGCAAUCUUUGUUCUGUAUAUUUUUUAAUGAUUGCGUUACGAAGAAUUUUCUCUUUUCAGACAUAUUUUACGUGUACCUACUGAUACGUACAAGCUUUUUUUGCUUCCUCUAUUUUUUGCAGUCAAAGUAAAACUUGCGGCUAGCAUACUAUUUUUAUCACCAAUGAAAUUAUAUUACAGUAGUAAUUUCAAACGAUACAAAUGAAGAAAAUUUACAUACGUCUUAUUAUUCAAACUAAAAGUGCCUAAAAUUGCCUUCAAUUCAUCAUUAGUAAUAAUAUUAAUCGUUAAACGAUUACGUACGUAAUAAUAAGAUAAAUCGUAAAAAAU